GGAGGAGUCGGGUUACAAACUCCUGUAACCGAGCUCAGCAGGGAGAGAAGAAACAGUCUUUCAAUUAUUUACACACCAGUACCUGAUACAACAUACAGUUACAUGGAAGACAAAGAAUCGCAAGUAAAGACGAAGAACCGACUCAUGGUGAUGUACAUGGAUUUGCUAUGAGUUGCCAUAAUGAAGACUCGAGAUUUUGCCUAGAUUAAAUUGUCAAAAAUUGUAGCAGCGUAAUCUACGGUCCCUUUACUCACCCUCCGCAUCCGGUUUGAUUUGAACGAAAGACAUCAUUAUGGACUCCUUCAGUACUAAGAGCCUGGCCCUUCAGGCCCAGAAGAAGCUGAUGAGCAAGAUGGCCACAAAGAGCAUGGCUAACCUCUUCAUCGACGACACCAGCAGCGAGGUGCUGGACGAGCUCUACCGCGUUACGAAGGAGUACACGCACAACCGCAAGGAGGCCCAGAAGAUCAUUAAGAACCUUAUCAAGAUGGUGGUGAAGCUGGGAGUCCUCUACCGCAACAACCAGUUCAGCGGGGAGGAGCUGGUGCUGGUUGAGAGCUUCAGGAAGAAGGUCCACACACUGGCUAUGACGGCUGUCAGCUUUCACCAGAUCGAGUUCACGUUCGACCGGCGCGUGAUGAGCGCCAUCCUGAACGAGUGCCGCGAGUUGCUGCACCAGGCCAUCAACCGCCACCUGACGGCCAAAAGCCACUCGCGGGUCAACCACGUGUUCAACCACUUUGCCGACUGUGACUUCCUCGCGGCGCUCUACGGGCCGUCUGAGGUGUACCGUGGCCACCUGCAAAGGAUCUGUGACGGCGUCAACAAGAUGCUGGACGAGGGCAACCUUUGACCUCUCCCCAGGACCUUUUGACCCCUCCUUCUUUAACCUUUUGAGGCAUUACCUGGUAGUGUGAAAUCCACCACGGGGUUGCCUUAUUGGCUUGCAUUGUUGUUUUUAAGAGACUGACGUUAUGCAUAUUGUAUGUGGACAUUUACAGUUGAUGUCGGAAGUUUACAUACACUUAGGUUGGAGUCAUUAAAACUUGUUUUUCAACCACUCCACAAAUUUCUUGUUAACAAACUAUAGUUUUGGCAAGUCGGUUAGGACAUCUAAGUAAU